ACUCAUCGUUCAACUCACCCUCAUACGAAUACAUUCAAUCCAAUUGUAGACAAUGACUGUCUCUCAAUUCUUAAACAAACUCAAACCCAAGGCCGAACAGGCCGAGCAUUCGGAGAAUGCCAUGCCCUCGGCAACGACUUCUGGCAAUGCUUCUCUGGCCGAGAAGAACGCCCACUAUGAUGACAGCAAAGUGCCCUACUUGACCUGGCGGUCAUUCAUCCUGGGUAUCAUUGCUUCCAUGGGUGGCUUCAUUUUCGGUUACUCUACCGGGCAAAUCUCUGGUUUCGAAACCAUGCACGACUUCCAAGUACGCUUUGCUCAGCACAACGAUAACGGCUACUACUUCAGCAAUGUCCGGUCCGGCCUGAUUGUCGGUCUCAUGUCCAUCGGAACCAUGAUUGGUGCCCUCGCCGCCAGUCCCCUUGCAGAUCGCUUCGGAAGAAAACCCUCGAUCACUUUCUGGUGUAUUAUCCACAUUGUCGGUAUGAUUGUGCAGAUUGCUACCACCAACAAGUGGUAUCAAGUCGCUGUUGGUCGUCUGGUCGCCGGUCUGGGUGUGGGUGCUCUUUCCAGUCUUGUGCCCAUGUACCAGUCUGAAUCUGCCCCUCGCCAUGUCCGUGGUGCCAUGGUCAGUGCCUUCCAAUUGUUCGUGGCUUUCGGUAUCUUCAUCGCCGCCUGCAUCAACUACGGCACUGAGAGCAUCCACUCCACUGCUGCAUGGCGUAUCACCAUGGGCAUCGGUUUCGCCUGGCCCUUAAUUCUCGGUAUCGGUAUCCUUUUCUUGCCCGAAUCUCCUCGUUAUGCCUACCGCAUGGGCCGUAUCGAAGAAGCCAAACACACCAUGAUCAAACUCUACGGUGUCCCCGACAACCACCGCCUGGUCGCUGAAGAAAUCCAAGACAUGAAGGAAAAGCUUGAUGAAGAACACGCUGCUGGCAAAGCUGGAAUUUUUGAGAUUUUCACUGGUCCCCGCAUGCUCUACCGUACGAUGCUCGGCGUUGUCCUGCAAUCCCUGCAGCAGCUCACCGGUGCCAACUUUAUCUUUUACUACGGAAACACCAUUUUCACCUCGACUGGUUUGAACAACAGCUACGUUACUCAGAUGAUUCUCACUGGCGUCAACUUUGGCGUUACCAUUAUUGGUCUCUACAUUGUCGAGCAUUACGGUCGUCGCAAGUCCCUUAUCGGCGGUGCCCUCUGGAUGUUCGUCUGCUUCAUGAUCUUCGCUACUGUUGGUCACUACUCUCUCGACCGCGCCAACCCUCCCAACACCCCGAAGGCCGGCACCACCUUGAUUGUGUUUACCUGCUUCUUCAUUGUCGGCUUCGCAACCACCUGGGGACCCAUCGUCUGGGCAAUCUGCGGUGAACUCUACCCUGCCCGUUACCGCGCUACUUGCAUUGGAAUCGCAACUGCAUCCAACUGGACCUGGAACUUCUUGAUCUCCUUCUUCACCCCUUUCAUCUCGGGUGCCAUUGACUUCCAGUACGGCUACAUCUUUGCCUGCUGCUGCUUUGCCGCUGCAUUGGUUGUAUACUUCUUCGUGUGCGAAACUCAGGGUCGUACCCUUGAGGAAGUCGAUACCAUGUAUAUCCAGCAUGUCAAGCCAUGGAAGAGUUCCAGCUGGGUUGCGCCCGAGCAUAUUCAUCGAGCUGCGGCUGAAGAGCCUGAAGAUAAGGCUGUUGGUGGACUUACCUCCGCCUAAUUCUGUUCUAUUGUUUUAAUUGGUUUUUUCGAUGUGAUGACUGUUUGUUUGGGACCAAAAAAAACGUGGCUUGUAUGAUACGAUUCCGCAUUGUUUAUUGUUGUUGUUGAAGUCAUGAUGCAUCAGGUGCGGGCAUUUGCUUUUGUUUUUUUCAUUUUUUUUUUGUUCUCGUCCUUUUGAUGAAAGCAAGUCUCUUCUCAUGAACAUACAUAUAUACAUACAUACAGAAUAAGUGUUGGAAGCUGGGGGAUAUUAAUAGGUCAAUCG